UAUGCGGCCGUGCAGGCCACGUUUUGCGCGGGCAAGAGAGCCCAUUCAUUUGAAUGGACCCCAAUGCCCCGUGACACGCAGGGAAGAAGUCCCUGCACUUCUUUGGAAACGGCAGCCCCCACGGGAACCUUGGUUCCCAGUGCGGUUGCGAUUUCCAGUGCGGGCGGCGUGCCAUUAGAACUAAUGGCACCCGCCCGCGGGUCCGCAUUUCUCUGUGCGGGUGGUGAGGCUGCACGGAUUUUCGUGCAGAUCCGUAGCAGCACCACCUGCACAGAUGUGAAUCUAGCCUUA